AAGUUCGCAGUCGUUCGAUAUACAUCGUAGUAGUCGAUUUGCUCAGUUCGUCCGCCGAAGAAGAUAAAAUGAUCACCGCUGUACACUGUUCGGCAUUGCUGUGCAUGAUGGUCGCAUGUGGUCACGUCCUGGCGUAUCCGUACAACGGUAACAACAUGCAAUGGUCGAACCACGGGGCUGGUGCGAUGGGGCACCACCACCAGCAGCCAGGGUUUGGCGGCAAUUCGGGCCAACAACGCGGGUAUGGCGGUGGGGCAGGAUUCGGCGGCGGCAAUUUUGGGCAAGCUUCGGCGUUCGGUGGACAAUCACGGUGGCAGUCGGCCGGUUACGGUGGACAGCAGCAGGGAGCCGAGGCCUACCAGACGAACGUUUUCAACGAACCAGACCGGUACGGAUAUGAUUACACGAUGCCUGGAGCCACUGUACAUUUCUUGAUGUAUAAAAAACAAGGAAACAGAGGAUCCGGAAGUAAUCAUAAUAAUCAUGGCGUAGAUUCAAGUGGCUGGGACAAACGUUAUUAACACUUUUAUCAACUUACCAAAGUAUUACAAUUAUAUUAUAACAAUAUAUUAUACUAUAGUAAUUAACAAAAUAGUUGGUUAAAUUUAGGAAUAUUUACUGUGAAAUAUUAUAGUUAACACACAUGUACUCACUGCAAUGUAUAAAACAAAUAUGUUGUAGGUAUACAGUUUUGAUAUUAGUAUAUAUUGUGAUUUUUUUUUUCAAAUUAAAUUGCGAAUUAGUUAUUUUAUUACUCAUAACUUUGAAAAAAAAUAGUUAUUAAGGUUAUAAUAUUAAUUAAGAUAAACACUUAAGUAAUAAUUAUAUACCUAGGCAGUCUGCUUAUGCAGACUAUUGUCAAAAUACAUAAAUUUUCGUAUAAAAGAUUACCAAAUUCUAGGAAAAUGUAUUUAUUUUAAAAGAUAAGCUUUUUAUAUUUGUAUAAACUCAAUAUUUUAAAUACAUCUAGUUGAAUAAUAUAAAACAAAUUUACACUAUGUCAUACAUUUACACUUUCCAAUUUGUCCUAAUAUUUUAAAGCGUUGUAAUCAAAAUAUUAAUAGUUGAGAAAAAUUAUGUAACAUAAAUAAUUGAUUUAAUUUAACAAUAAAUUCUUUUUUAGUUCAGC